AUUCUGACACGUGGAACCAACAGAUCAGCUGAAGACGUGAAGACGAAAGCAAUACGAUGUAGUUAUUUGUCGUUGAAGUCUCAUAAUCAGAAUAUAGCCGAUUGAUCGGUAAAUUCACUGUUUAGAAUCUCUUGGUAUUUCGACACAUCGCUAAGUUUUAAAUCAACCUAGAAUCAACCACGAUGCAUACUAUUUUCGCGGUUUUCGUUGCAACGUGCAGCUUAGUGGCGGUGAGAUCAUAUGCCGUGAAAUGUAACGACAAUAAUGCAGGAGUUUUACCGACGCUGCACAAAUGUCGUGGCCAAGAGAACUUAAAACAAUGCAUAAAGGAUACCAUAGAAUCACUGAGCCCUUACUUAGCCAACGGAAUUCGGGAUUUGGAUGUACCGCGUUGCGAACCAUAUUACAUAAAGAAUUACGAAUUUAUUUUCGAAAAACAUUGUAAUGGCACUGUGACUUUCAAGGAUAUAUUUAUCCAUGGUCUAACAAAUUUCACGAUAAAUAAUGUCGAAUCUACUUUGGAUAUGCGUCAUAUAGAAUUUGACGUGUACUUUCCACACAUCCAAGUGUAUACUUGGUAUCACAUAGUCGGUGUCACAAUCCAUGAAGAGUUCCAUGCACCUAUAAAUUACCAAAACACUGUGACUGAGAAUUUCUUGAACGUCACAUCCCAUAUCAUUAUAAAUAGUAUAUAUGUCAAGAACGGUCACAACCUACAAUACGAACUACAUUAUAGGAUCUCAAUGAAUUUUAAUGUUGAUAACGAGUAUAGAGAGACAUUCCAUAACAAAAGCGUUGACUGGUCAACUGCCGAAUGGGUCAGUUUCCUUACAUCACUUUAUCAUGGUACCUUCAGCUGGUUUAGGCCUGAAAUGCUUAAUAAAAUCGAGGCGGACGUUUCCAAUAUUAUCACGGAAAAUGUAAAACGUGUCUUAAGACAUCCAAUAUAUAAAUAUCAUAGAUAUCUAUCAUAGAUAGUACAUUACUAAGUACGUUGUUUUUAUUUUAUCGCUACGAUAAGAAUUAUUUUAGCACAAUUGUUAGUCAUCAGUACGAUUAAUAUAAGGUGUCAUGCUAUCUUGAGGCGCUGAAAAAUCGUCUGAAAUCGCUAAUUUUUUUCGACACAACUAUAAAUUAUUAAGAUUUCCUUUAUUUACAAUGUUUAGUAUAUGUUUUGGAGAAAAUUUUGUGAAAAUGAUUUUAAAAAAUAGCCGCGCUGUAGGAUGUUCCGCGCACUGAUAGUGCUUCUUUGCGCACUGAUAGUGUAUACGAUAUCUUCAAAAAUCAAUUGACAACAUUGAUUGCAACGAUUAUUGCUACAUAAAACAUGUUGGUACAAUUAAUUGCAGAAAUUUCGAAUUAGAGCAUCUUUUAUUUUUAUUUUCUCUCUCAAUGAGAGAAUGUCAAAAGAGUGUCAUCUUUUAGUGUCAAUUUUUAAUGUAAUUUUUCUUUAUUUUCUUAUUAACAGACUAGCCUGAAAUAGUUUUAAAAAAUAGCCGAGUUAUAAGAUGUUCCGCGAAUUUCCUUUGCACACUGAUAGUGUAUACGAUAUCUUUAAAAACCAAUUACUCGGUCUCUACUUUGGUACACAUGCUCUCUAUCAAGAUUUUCUAGGGCGCAUCGUACGUUCGUACUUGUAUCUUUUAUAUACAAUUAAUUACUUUUUAAUAAUAAAUACGUAAAACUAAAU